AUGUGGUGCGUCGAGGGGCUGCGCCCACAAAGUCGCAGCAUCGCCCACUGAACCGACGGACUGACCGCAUUUGCGCCUUCAUCGUCCUUUGCUCCGUUCACAGGUGCGACAAUUGUUUGCUUAGUGAGUCCAGGAUGCCAAAGCGGAGGAACUAUCCACCACAGGAGUCACUGACGGCCAUGCAUUCUGAACGCCUCAGUCUUCCCCUUACGUGAGUAGACGCGUGUCCGGAACGCGAAUAAUGCGGCAGCCACGGGCCCUCGUCUUAGCGGCUGGAGUGAUGUCGAGGCAGUGGGAAAGCCUAAUACUCAACAAAGACGAGAGUAGCAGUUGCGAGGCGUUGCGGCAGGUGUUACAUGUUGGAAGCGUACGAGGACGUAGGUCUCGAGCCUCGUGUCAGCCUGCACGUGGUAGCGUGGACAAGAUUUCUGGACGUGCGGAACCUGAUUCUAUCAAGCUCGCGAUAGAAAGACCAGCCGUUGGGCCAUGACGGGGCUCUACGGAGUCACUGCCACUCACUUGGAGAGGCAUUCGUCGCUGAUUCACCCUUGACGCACACUAUCUGCAUACAGGGGCGGGAGGUAUUGCUCUCUUCGUAUUCAUUGCUGUGAGUCUUUUGGAAAAAGGUGUCCACUUCUCGUGAGCCCCGCGCUGACGCCCUCAACGACCUGGUGAUGGUGGCUGUGCAGCUUUACAACUUGGCUGGCUCUAUCUUGCUCUUCAACUCUGGAAUGUACCUCUUCUUCAACUUCCCUGAGUGAGUCAGCCAGAGUGAACAGCUCAGACGAGGAGUCUACGCUGACCUUUCGCCAUCAUCACGGAUGCUAUACAGAUGGCAAAUUUACGGUGGUAUCGGAAUGGCGAUCAUGUCCAUCUGCAUUAUCUGCAUCAUCGGCUUCUCCAACAACUCCUACAUGUUCAGCCGACUAUGCUUCUUCUUGUGGCCGUUGCUGCUGAUUGUCACCGCUGUUCGCGCCGGCUUUAUGAUCUUCCAGCUGGAUCGUCAGCAGAACAAGAUCAUCUGGGAGUGCAACAACGGCGGGCAAUUGUGGGGCGAGUCGGUGGAAGCGGGCUACGGUUCGGCAGACUCCAAAGGCAUGCCAACGGGAAUGUGCUCGGCUGGAUUUCACAGCCUCUACGUUGCCUUUGUGCUCAGCUUGUUGGCCGACUUCGCAUUGCAGGUCUACGCCUACUUCCUCACUUGGCGGUUCAAGAGCAGAAUCGAGCACUGGUACACGCGCGUCAAGACCAACAACAUCUACACUGCCUAG